CUCACUUUCCACCAAAAUCUCCUAAAAAAAAAGAAAUGGAUUCUUCUUGUUCAAAAAAAUUCCUUCUUCUCUUUGUUACAUUGUUGAAUUUUUUCAACAUUUCAUUAGCAAAAAAUGCCCCUUUUUCUAUGUCAUUUCCUCUUACUUCAACACAAUUAUCACAUAAUUCAUCAUCUAAAGCUCUUUUUCUUUCUUCCCUUAUGGCUACAAAAACUAUGCCUAGAGUUCCAUCUUUGAAUUAUAAAUCAACUUUUAAAUAUUCAAUGGCUCUUAUUAUUACACUUCCUAUAGGGACACCACCACAAAAUCAACAAAUGGUAUUGGACACUGGUAGCCAACUUUCUUGGAUUCAAUGCCACAAGAAAAUUCCAAAAAUACCCCCUCCAACGACUUCGUUUGAUCCUUCUUUGUCCUCUUCUUUUUCCGUCCUUCCUUGUAGUCAUCCUUUGUGUAAGCCAAGAAUUCCCGAUUUUACCCUUCCAACAUCGUGUGACCAAAAUAGGUUGUGCCACUACUCGUACUUCUAUGCUGAUGGUACUUUGGCUGAGGGCAAUCUCGUCCGUGAAAAAAUUACAUUUUUGCGUUCCCAAAGUACCCCUCCUUUGAUUCUUGGUUGCGCGACCGAGUCUGAUGAUGCUGAGGGUAUUUUGGGUAUGAAUCUUGGACGAUUCUCUUUUGCCUCCCAAGCCAAGGUACAAAAAUUCUCAUAUUGCGUGCCGAUUCGACAAGGUAACCAUACCGUGAAACCUACCGGAACAUUUUACCUAGGUCAAAACCCAAAUUCUCGUACCUUUCGAUAUGUAAAUCUGUUGACUUUCCCUCAAAGUCAACGCAUGCCCAAUUUAGACCCUCUAGCAUACACUAUUGGUAUGCUAGGGAUAAAAGUUGGCGGAAAAAAAUUGAAUAUCUCCGCGAGGGUUUUCCGACCGAAUGCUGGUGGUUCCGGCCAGACGAUCGUCGAUUCCGGCACGGAAUAUACUUUCUUGGUGGAAGAAGCGUAUAAUAAGGUGCGAGAAGAAAUUGUUAGGUUAGUUGGUCGGAAAUUGAAAAAAGAUUACGUUUAUGGUGGUGCGCUCGACAUGUGCUUCGAUAGCGCCCAUCCGAUGGAAAUCGGACUAUUGAUAGGUGACAUGACAUUGCAAUUUGAAAAUGGGGUUGAUAUUUUGAUCAAUAAAGAAAGGAUGUUAGAUGAAGUGGAGGGUGGGAUCCAUUGUGUGGGAAUCGGACGGUCAGAAUCACUUGGCAUUGCAAGUAAUAUUAUUGGCAAUUUCCAUCAACAAAAUCUAUGGGUUGAAUUUGAUUUGAGAAAUCGAAGAGUAGGUUUUGGGAAAGGAGAGUGUAAUAGGCAAUUGUAAUGGGCAUUAUUAAUUAUAUACUACGGUACAUAUUUCAUGAGAUUGUUAUAAGGGAGAAAUUCGAGCAUCGACGAGAGAUGUGUUCAUUCAAUAUAUAUUGGAUGAUAAUAUGGAGCUGGCCGAGGCUUUAAGUCCUAAUUGCAUGUUCGAGGCUCAGAUCAGUGACAUUACGAUUCGAGUUAUAUGAUACUUUAAUCAAUGGUCUCGAGUUAGAGGAGAACUUAGGUCUUGUGCAGAGUAAAAUAGUAAUUUAGUAAUAGAUGAUAAUGAGAACAUAUAAUAUGUAUGAUAUGUAUAUGUACUUGAUUAAAUUUGCAAUUCUUUUAUUAUAUAAUAUUGUUUUUCCAA